GACUCAGAGUUGAAGCUCGUCUCCCUACCGAACAGCUCCGCGCACCGCCCCGCGACACAGCCCGGCGCAACUACUUUCUUCUCUCUCCUUUCUUUCUGCCUCCCCGUUUUCCCCUGCUGGGUAGUGGCUGCGGCGGGGUGGGGGAGACUCUGAAUGACCGAGCUCGCGUCCACCUCUCUCUUCAUGUCGACGUCCCUGGAAACGGUCACACGGAUGCCAUGGUUACUUUUGCCACGAUCUUACAGGUGAACAAGGUGAUGUCCAUCUUGUUUUAUGUGAUAUUCCUCGCUUAUCUCCGUGGCAUCCAAGGUAACAACAUGGAUCAAAGGAGUUUGCCGGAAGACUCACUCAAUUCCCUGAUUAUUAAGCUGAUCCAGGCAGAUAUUUUGAAAAACAAGCUCUCCAAGCAGGUGGUGGACGUUAAGGAAAAUUACCAGGGCACCCUGCCGAAAGCAGAGGCCCCCCGAGAGCCGGAGCGGGGAGAGCCCACCAAGUCAGAAUUCCAGCCAGUGAUUGCAAUGGACACCGAGCUGCUGCGGCAGCAGAGACGUUACAACUCACCGCGGGUCCUGCUGAGCGAGAGCACUCCCUUGGAGCCCCCGCCCUUGUAUCUCAUGGAGGAUUACGUGGGCAACCCCGUGGUGGCGAACAGAACAUCACGGCGGAAACGGUACGCAGAGCAUAAGAGUCACCGAGGGGAGUACUCGGUGUGUGACAGUGAGAGUCUGUGGGUGACCGACAAGUCGUCGGCCAUCGACAUUCGGGGACACCAGGUCACGGUGCUGGGGGAGAUCAAAACCGGCAACUCUCCCGUCAAACAAUAUUUUUAUGAAACGCGAUGUAAGGAAGCCAGGCCAGUCAAAAACGGUUGCAGGGGCAUUGAUGAUAAACACUGGAACUCUCAGUGCAAAACGUCCCAAACCUACGUCCGAGCACUGACUUCAGAAAACAACAAACUUGUGGGCUGGCGGUGGAUACGGAUAGACACGUCCUGUGUGUGUGCCUUGUCGAGAAAAAUCGGAAGAACAUGAAUUGGCAUCUCUCCCCAUAUAUAAAUUAUUACUUUAAAUUAUAUGAUAUGCAUGUAGCAUAUAAAUGUUUAUAUUGUUUUUAUAUAUUAUAAGUUGACCUUUAUUUAUUAAACUUCAGCAACCCUACAGUAUAUAAGCUUUUUUUUCUCAAUAAAAUCAGUGUGCUUGCCUUCC